AUGCCUCUGAAAACCUUUCUGAUCUUUAGUCCAGAGUUCAAGUAUAUAAGUUGCGAUCCAGAUGAACGUUUGGCUGAUGAGGAUGGAGAAGUUUCUGUUGUUCAUGUGGGGCAGUUUCCAUUGAAAAGUGAUCCUAAAUCAAUAUUGGCUUGGUGUCCCAAAAUGAAUUUAUUGCUCAUGACCAGAGAUAAAAACACACUACAUUGUUUCCGUAUUCGUGGUGAAGAGAUUUAUUUUGUUAAUAACGGUGCUGAAAUAAAAGGUAUAACUUGUCAUGAAAAGAAUUUUUGUUUGUCAGGGGCAGACAAAACCAUCAAGAUUUACGAUUCUAGUGAUGGUAAGCUAAUUAAAACAUUGGACCAAAAAUUUGCUGAUAUCGAGUUUAUUCAUUGGUCAAGUACCAAUUAUCAAUUGAAGAACAAGGUACUCAAGAGUUUGCCAAUCAUUUAUAAUGAUAUUUCGUACAAUUUGGAUUACUUGGUUAUUAAUGAUGAAAAAUCCAUCACUUUUACAAUCAACAAAGUUUUAAACAUCAACAUUGUCACAAAAUACCAAAUUCGGCUGCAGGUUCAGUCUGCGUUAUUUGAGCAAAAGUAUCUUGAUGACAGUCAGCGAUUGAUCAGUAUUGAAAUCCCCACUAAAUCCCGAGAAGCAUAUGCAGAUCUGAUGAUUCUUUUAUGUCAAGUCAUUGAGUAUCUUGAGAGGUCGAAAUCAACUUUAAGUGAGAUCGAAAAGGAGCUCAAGACCUUUUAUGUUGCCAUAAAUAGGUACUUGUCAAACUUGAAAACGGAAAUCAAAGGUGACUUGUUGCAAGACUUGGGUGAUAUGUUACUCACAGGAACUAUUCCUGAUAAUACCAAAGACUUUUGGGUCAAUCAAUUUGGAGAGCGUGGAUUGAAAAAGAUGAACAAGUUGUUGGAAAUUGUUUUCGAAGAAUGUCAUAAAAAGAUUUUCCAAUAUUUGAUUGCACCAAUGGAAAGAGUGAUUGCAUUGUUGGAUGAAUUGAAUGGGAUCACCAAGUGGAAAAAUCCAAUCGAACUUGACGAGAAGGACAUCAAUAAACUUACAAAAGAAUGUCAAGCUGAAUUGAAAGCUUAUACACAGUUCAUAUGGGAUUUGAAAGAGGAGAAAGAGCACUAUGAAGAGUUUUUCAACUGGUGGAAAACAAUCGUUGAUAAAUUUGCAGAUAAGGAAGAAACUAACAGCUAUUCAACGUCAAAAUUAUUGGAGUUUAUUCACGCAAACUUGUUGCAAUCCAAAGUAUUGCAAUAUAUUUCAACGGAUUUUGAUACAAUCAAACAACUCGGUGAGCGUAACUUGUUGAGCGAGUCUCAGCAAAAUCUCUCAGAUUCAUUUCAAGUCAUUUUGGAUCAGGUCGAUGAUUACCAUCAAUCAAAUGUCGAAAUUUCUGUUUAUGCUGAAAUAUACCAUCCAACACCUUCUUUUGAUAUGCGUGGUUCAACAUGGGGACUCCAAAUUGUUGAAGCACACACCGAUUAUUAUGACAAAACUUUGGAAGUGUGGAAAGCGAACGGUCAAGUAAUUGACAAAGUGGAAGGUGCCAGAGGGUUUGAGUUUAGCGACAAAGACAUGGUUGCACUAACAAAGGAUAGUCUUUAUGUUUUAGAUCAUGCUACAACUACACCAGUGCCCUUACCGGAUCUUCCCUUUGAGCCAGCACACUUGGCUGUUAAUUCUAAAUAUGUAUGGAUAACGGACAAGAACAAAGUACACUAUGCGGUGUUGAAAUUGGUAUUAUAG